AUGCAAAUGCAGGAACUCAGGAACAACGGUUUCGGGGUGGCACAGGACCACGUGCCCGCUCUGAGCUCGUACGUGAACCGAGGCGGGUGCUACCACACGGAGGACGGGAAGACGCCCCUCCACCUGGCGUGCGAGCUCUCCCGGUACGAGGCCGUGGUGACGCUCCUGGGGAACGGCGCCUCCCCGCGAGCCGAGGACCACAACGGCAUGACGCCGCUGGACCUCGUUCUCCAGCAGCUCCGGAGCUCCAAAGCAAACGCCGGCGUGAAGAAGCUCUGCCUGAACAGCUUGCUCAUGUUCAUGCCCGAGCUGCGGUUCAAACUCAAGAGCUCGCUGGAGAAGGACCCACAGUGCUGGUCCAAAGUCCUGGGAGAAGACAAGUUUAACUACCUCGUCGGGAAGACGCCGGCGCCGCUCUGUCUCAUAGCUAUGCAGAGAGUUCUGUCCCGGCUCGAUCCGCAGGAAUUCCCCAAAAGUCUGGACAAGCUUCCCAUCCCGGCGUCUCUGAAACCCCUCGCUCAGACCUGA